GUGCAUGAACUCUGUGACAAUUUUUGUCAGCGCUAUAUCAGCUGUUUGAAAGGUAAAAUGCCAAUUGACUUGGUGAUCGAUGAAAGGGACGGUGGGUCGACAACCCCAAAGUCUGGAACAGAAAGUCAAGACCACACAGACAACAGCACAGACCAGGUGCUGUUAGAAACAUUAAGCACAGAGUCUUUAGAUUACAAAAGACCUCCUUCACAAAAUUUGAACUUCAGUCAACAGGAUGACACUCAAUCAUCAAGGUCGGGAGACACUCCAGUUCCGACAAGUCAGUCAAACACCAACUCGUCCCAAAAUGUAGACAACAAUAGUGAAGUCG